GCGUGUCGCUACUGCCGCCGCGGCCGCCUCUGCUCGUGUCUGCCGGCGCGCGCGUCGUCAAUGGUCAAACGUCCUUGCCGCGCUCCAGUUCGUCCGCGACCUGACGUGCACGCAGUCAGUCGCACACGUUCGUCGCGUGUUCGUCCGUUGUUUUUUCAUUAUUAUUAUUUUUUUUUUUUUUGUUUUUUUUUCGCAUUUUUCUUUGCAUCGUUUAAAUUAUUAUCAAUUAUUUUUUUCCGAAAUCUAUGCUUUUACGUUUGUCGCAUUCGAUUGCAGUACUCGUACCCGUACCGACGUCGUCGUAGCCGGCUGUGCGUUUCGAAAGUUGUUCUGUUUCGGUUUUCGUCGUUUUUCCGUCUCGUCGUCGUCUUCGACGCUUACUACCGCAGUACCGUCGUGGUUACCGCUACCAUCAUACCACCGAGCAUCGUGGGCCUACGUUACCGGAAACAGAUACUUCGAUCUUUACGAUUCGGUCAAGUUUUCUCUCGCGAUCGGUUGACACACGCUAAAUAAGCGAACGGAUUAUACGUCGUUUUUUUUUUUCCGUUUUGUUUUGUUUUUUCGAUCAAGUGUACCGAGGAUUAUCAUGUCGCUUGUAACAUGAUGCGGGAUUUGGACGCAUCUAGCCCUGUCGUUUGGCCUCCAUGGUGUUAUUCCGUGGACAUCAAAAGAGACAUCGACUUGUUUGGUUUGUCCAAGAGCCGACGUUCGGGGGUCGGUAUGCAGAUCGAACACUCGGUGAAUAACAACACGACCAGCGCCAACAACAACAACAAUAACAAUAACAAAGUGGCGACCGCAGCUGACGUAAAAACGGAACGUCUGAGCCCGGUGCAGGCGGCUGGCGGUGGUGGAGACUCUGCGUCGUCACGUAGCGGUACGCCGUCCUCGUCGUGCUACCCGGGCACACCACCCAGCAUAGCGGCAACCGGGGACCACGUGGCCAGUCCCGCGCCUAACCGCAACUGCAGUGACCUCAUCCGAAGUUUGGCCGCGAAGUAUCAGAACGCCAACCCUAGCGAAUACAUAAUGCCUUCGCGUAAUGGCCUGAAUCUGGGAAUGCUGUCAGCCGCGACGACGUCGACAAAACCCGAGCACGAAGGCGGCGGCGGUGGCAGUCUGUUGAGCCCCGGGUUUCCGUUCAUGGCGCCCACUAUACCGGGCACUAACGUUCCCAUGUUCCCGCCGAUGAUGGACAUGUCGUCUACGCAGGCGCUGCUGUCCAUGGUCCGGUCGUCACAGUUCGACGCGUUCAUGAGCGGGAAAACCGGCACGAAGCGGCCGUGUUCCACGUCGUCGUCAUCGUCCAACCCGCAGCACCCGCCACACAGCAGUGGCAGCGGCGCGUCCGUGGCUGAGCAGAACCCGCUCGACCUGUCAUCAUCGUCGAGCUUGUGCAAAAAACCGCGCAAGGGGGUGCCGCCGACGGUCAGUCACUGGGAAGGCGCAGCUGCGGCGGCCGCUGCAGCCGCUGCCGCGGCCGGCUCGUUCGCCGAAACGUUCCUCAACAUGCCAGCGUUCGGCAUGGCGUUGCAGAAGUCGCGGGAAAAAAUUACUAACGGUGGUGGCAACGGUAAGAGGAUGGGCAGCGUCUCCCCUAAACCGGCCAAGACCUCGUCCAGGCAACUGUCGUGCCAUCAGGUGGCCGCCAGUCGGUCACUGGCCUGUGCGUCGUCCUGCGCCGCGGCUUCGGUGGCCACUGCGACCACGUCCUCGUCCGACCGGCAGACCUGUCCGAACGCGGCCGAAAAGUCGACCGUGACCACGUGGACGGUAGAUGAUGUGUGCGAUUUCGUCGGUACCAUCGACUUGUGCGCCGAGUAUUCGCAGUGUUUCCGGGAACAGUCUAUCGACGGGACCGCGUUGCCGCUACUCAGCGAGGAACACCUGACGGGCACCAUGAACAUGAAACUGGGACCGGCGCUCAAGUUCCGCGCCGUCUUGGCUCAGAAACUGGGCAACUGCGCCGUGUGCAUGCACUGCGCGCACUGUCAUGGCGCGCAGUCGCACGGAAGUGCUGCCGCCAUCACUUCCGCGGCUCCGCGCACCAGUCCCGGCCCCGGCAGCUCGUCGUCCGUACAGUCCUGAUCGCGCCCCGGUACGCGCCCUUAAACCGUCCGUCCACUAACUUUACUAAUCACCAGUAUUUCCGACCGGUUCGACGAGAACGCGUUGGUCGGUUCGACGAGAUUCCAAACGCCGAACCAAUAUAUCAGCUGUUCGUGUCGCGCACGGAUUUAUAUAAGAACUAGAUGACCGAUCUCGCAUGUAUUCGUAGUGAAUAACUUGGGCCCGACAGCAUUGUUAUAUGUGCGCUUCGUAAAACGCCGACGUUUCAAAAAUAUCCGGUUUGACGUCAGGUCGUCGGGUGUAAAAAUUAUUACGAUUUAUAAACAUUGCAGACAAAUCGCACUGCUGGGCAUCGUAAUAGUCGGUAUAAGCCUUUAUUAGCAUUAGCCUUUCGUUUCUAAAAAAAAAAAAAAAUCGGCUUCCUUAUUUUUUUUUUUAUGAUGUGCCCCCCCCCCACCAUUAAAUCAAUGUGAAUUUAUUAUGAUUCUGUAAGGUGUAGGAAUCAUCAAAAUCGUUAAAAUUAUUGGGAAUUUUUUUUCACUAAAAUUAAAUCGUUGUACGCACAUUUCUCACGCCCCUCCUCUCAUCAAACGGUCUUCUAGUGGAAUCGCGGUACAUAGUUUAAGAAUUAGCUACAACUAGUUAUUAUAUAAAUCUGCGGUGACGUUCGAAGAAGAAAAAUCUCAAUCUUGGCGAAAAAGAAAAAUUAAGAUUUUUUGUUUAAUUACGUGCUAUCCACGAGACCCAUUAAUUUUAUUUUAUUAUAUUAUUAAAAAAACGGUAUAUUCCAAAAGUCAUUACGAUUUCGCCUAGGUUUUCCUGAAUUUAUUAUUCGUUCUCGCAUUGGAUUAAUCAGUAUUGUUAUAUGUCUUAAGAUACAUUAUUAUUAUUGUUUGUACGACAGGAGAGCUUCUCUAAAGGUUGUUCUUUUUCUCGCGCUAUUGUUAUUAUUUUUACUAUUAUUUAUUAUUACUUGAAUAAUCUAUAACGUUUUACGUCUAUACAUUGUACUAUAUGAUAAUAUUUUUAAUAUAAAUAUAUUAUGGUUUAUUUUUGUGUAGUUCGACGUUUAUUGUAUAAUGUAUAAAGUGAUUUUCUUUGUUAAUUAUUAUUAUAUAUUUGAAAAAAUAUUUUACGAAAUUAUUAUGUUACGGAUUCUUCAUGAUCGGAUACAAUUUUUAAACUCUAU